UGCCUGGCCCCCACAGCCAUCCACUCCACCCUGAGUCUACUGAAUGACUCCGAGAGCUCCAAGCUGUUCGCCGCCUCCAGGAAGCCGCUUUCAAACUGCAUUCGCUGUGCAGUGGUGGGGAACGGAGGCAUUCUGAAUGGUUCUCGCCAGGGUCGGAACAUCGAUGCCCAUGACUACGUGUUCAGACUCAAUGGCGCUGUGAUCAAAGACUUCGAGAAGGAUGUGGGCACCAAGACUUCCUUCUACGGUUUCACUGUGAACACCAUGAAGAACUCCCUCAUCUCCUACGGGAGCCUCGGCUUCACCUCUGUGCCACAAGGCCAGGACCUGCGCUACAUCUUCAUCCCCUCUGACAUCCGUGACUACGUGAUGCUGAGAUCGGCCAUUCUGGGUGUGCCUGUCCCUGAGGGCCCUGAUAAAGGGGACAGAAAAGCCCAGGGGACCCUGCUGGUCCCCAGGAGCCUGCCUGAAGGGCCGCUUUCUGAAUGGAGCCGGCAGGCCGGGCUGAUCAGCUUCCGGCUGCUGUCCCCAUCAGCCACGCGGCCCCCCGCCCACGGCAUUGACUGGGCCUGUCCUCUCCUGACUCUGCUGCCCGGCUGGGCACAUUGUGUCUGGGAGCUGGGGGUGGAGGGGGGCCGCCUGGUGUCCAUACCUCUGGUCCUGGUGGACAACCCCAUAGUUAGUGCUUACGGAUUCAUCACAAGCAACUACUGGAAAUUUUCUGACCACUACUUUGAGCGAAUAAAGAAGCCGCUGAUCUUCUACGUGAACCACGACCUGUCCCUGGAAGCCACCUUGUGGAAAAGCCUGCACAAGGCCGGCAUCCUCCGGCUGUACCAACGCUGACCCUCCAGGACUCAGAGCCCUGGUUCCCGCAGAGCUGUGGCCCACGCCCCCUACGCGGCUGGAGCGGCCCUGUCUCUUCUGUCUGUGAGAAGGGCACCAACAUCCCCUCCUCUGGAGGGCAUGAAGAGGUGGACUUGUGACCGUUCCUGGAGCGUGUUCAUGGCGGGACACCCCCAUCUUGGUCUUGAUUCCAAGACUCCCUACGGGGUCUGAGACGGAAUCCCCACUCUGGAGAAGGAAGGAGCGCUCUGCUGGGCAUUUUGCAGCAGGAGGAACACCAGAGCAGACUGUGAGCGUCCCCAGCAAAGGGCCAGCCUAUUUCAGAGUGGAGGAUCUUCGAAGCCAGCAGCUGGCCCCGGGCCACCGGAGGAGGCUGGCGGAGCGGCCGCCACAUCCCCGCUGACUGCAGCAGCCCGGCGUGCACGCUCCCCAGCCAAACCUCCCGCCAGCAUGUCCAGCUCAGACUCCAAGUCAGUUCGACUCUUAAGACGCUCCUGCACCACCUGAGGCCACCCACUUCCUUCUGCCCAGGGAUGUGACAGGACCGGAACAGGCAGAAUGUAAUCUGAAGCCAGUUAAUUGCAUAAAUGAUGGAUGACCA